CCUAUCACUUCCUCCCUUUUCUGAAAUGGGAACCGGGGCGCUUUCACUUUAGCAGUGAAUUCAGAAGAUGCGGGAGUGCAGCUGAAUGUUCACGUUUUCGGCUUCAUAGUCUGACAAAGGCUUUCGUUCGGACACAUUCGUAUUUUGUAUUUAUUUAUUUAUUUUUAAUUCAUAAAAUCAUAGCAAUGGGAUGUCUGGCGUGGCUUCGGACGCGCGUUCACCCGGCUGUCGUGUGCGCUGAGAUAGCCAGCGCUUUCUACGACACCGGCUUGCAGAUGGUGGUGAAGGAGCGCUGCUCCGACAACUCCACGACCACCGAGGAGGACCAGCAGAAAGCCAUGUCAAAUUUUUACAUGACAUACACCAUGUUAUCAAACCUGCUUCCAUUCUUACCUGCGUAUUUUUUGGCGAGAUACGGAGACAGGGGAUUUAGGAAGGUACCUAUCGGCGUGCCCCUGUUGGGGUAUCUGAUCUCCAGGACCCUUUUGUUGCUGGUGAUACUCCUAGAGUUACCCAUCCAGGUGAUGUUCGGCGGGGCUGUGGUGUACGGCUUGUGUGGAGGCUACUCCUCUUACUGGGCAGGCGUUAUGGCUCUGGAAUCGGCCACCUCCCAAAAGGAGCGGAGGUCCCUCCGGAUAAUGGGGAUUGAACUCGCGUACGGAAUCGCAGGUUUUGUCGGAAGUUUAUUAUCCGGUCACCUUUUUCAAAUAUAUGCGUUGGGCGAUAAAAAUGGGGCAGUAUUGGUGGUGUUAUGCAUUUUUCUGUAUUUCUUGUGCAUUAUCUACACAUUUUUCUUUCUGGACAUCCCCGGAACAAGUGCAGGAAACAGAGAACAUCGGCAAGAAGGAAACGUCGGGAUUUUGUGGAACAUAGUGGAAUACCCACGCUCCUUUAACACGGUCAUUGUACUGCUGUUUAUCAGUGCCGUCCUGUAUGACAUCGCUGUGGCAGGCGGCAUGGAGAUGCUGAUGUCUUUCAUAGAGAAAGAGCCUUUAAACUGGGAUGCCAAGCAAGUGGGCUACAGCAACGCCGCAGGCUUCCUGAUCUUCUUCACCAGUUUCUUUGGAGUCUGGCUUUUCUCCAAGUGCGUCGGGGACGCCUCGAUGAUAAUGAUGGGAAUGGUGUCCUUCGCUGCUGGGAUUUACUUCAUGUCAUUUGUGACAGCGACCUAUAUGUUCUAUUUGGCUCGAUCUCUGACCCUGUUUGCGCUGAUCCCGAUGCCCAUGAUUCGCUCUGUGUUAUCUAAGCAGGUGCAGCCUUCCUCCUAUGGGAAAAUUCUUAUUUGCCUGCAGCUGUCCUUCACUCUUGCCAGUUUGAUCUACUCGCCGAUCUACACCAAGGUUUACCAAAGCACUCUGGGCUGGCUUCCUGGCUUUGUCUUUUUAUUGUCCAGCAUCAUCACAGUCCUGGCGAUCAUACCCGUAAGUAUCGUAGGCUGUAAGAUGGCACGGCAGGAAGGCUACGUGAGCAUCGAAGGUGACUGACGAGUCUCAUAUUUUGGAUUCCAAGCUUGUAUUUCAGCCGCUCCACCCAUGUGAGCUCACAAAACCAGGACAGACCAGGUAUCCUUAGAGCACCUCGCUUCGAUACUUCCUAGCGGAAUUUGUCCCAAGGGCAAGCCCAGAUCAAAACCAAAAAAGGACUCUGAGAGAGAUUCACAAUCAUCAGUAUAUAUAAGAAGGCAUAUCGUAUAAGAAGUAAAACUGCUAUUUCUUAAUGUAUAAAUUUGUACGAGUAAACCUAUUGUGGAUUUCUGUUUUCUGAAAUUUAUACAUAUUCAUAGGCUUACAGUAUAAGACAAUCAUUGCAUUUAUUACUCUUCUGAAAAUAUCUCAUUCUCUUGUCAUGUCUGUUAUGCUAUUUAUUAUAUAUCGGGAUGGUCUCUCCCUAUGAGCCUCCCUGGCUCCAGAUGACUGACCUAAUCUGACCUUCAGCAUUGUCCAUUGUGGUGUCCUUUGGAACUUGAAUCUUGCUUUGCAACCAGCUUAGCUAUGUGCUUUGCAGUCGGCAUCCCGUCAGCACACAGUGCUUGGUAUUUGGAGGUAUGCCAGCUUGAAGGGAAAUAUCUGAUGGGCGGAAUACUGUCCCACCUGAGAGUAUGUGGCUCGGGGAGUUAGUAAAGUCUGACUUUUUCUUUGCCCUUGUUCUGUUUUUCUGACAGCUGUGCCUUGUAAGUUUUUUUUUUUCAGAAUGUAUUUGUCUGCAGGAAAACUAAGGCAUUUGUAGGCAGGAGUUUUAAUAUUCUGUUUAUUUAUUUGUUGACAUGCUGAAUCAUACUGAUGAAGAAAUAUUACAUCAGUUAUAUAUUACGACUACACAGAUGUUAGGUAUGAAGGUAGGAGGGUUUACAUAAGAAGUAUGAUUUGUAAAUCAAUUUCUCUGUGUCCUGUACCAGUCAAAUGUCUGGACACACCUACAGGAAAUCAUUUGUUUUUCAACAAGAUAAUGACCCAGAAUACGCCUUAGGUUAUGCAGUAAGUAUUAUCUUGAGAACGAGGAUAGAGAUGAAGUGCUGCGACCCCCACAAUCCCUCGACCUAAACCCCAUAGAGCUGGUUUGGGUUGGGUUGAAGAGUAAGUGCGAGGUAGCCAACCUGUCCUCAGACCUUGUGGGAACUUCUUCAGGACUGUUGGAGAAGCAUCCAGGAGGCUACAUCUGGAAGCUGCUUGAAAGAAUGGCAAGAGUCUGCAGUGCUGCCAUCAAAGCAAAAGGGGAGUCCAAAACUUCCGAAUAUUUUGAGAUGUCGAACACUUCUGGUUGUUUUAAUACUUGAUUCAUACUACUGUACUUGCUUCGAGACUUUUUACUGUGGGAGAAUAUAGCUAUGGAGACAAAUGUAUUAAAGGCAGGUGUGUGUGGACCUUUGACUGAUACCGUUUAUCACGAGUAGGAUGGCGUGUUGGAUCAGUCAGUAGUUCGCGCCCAGAGUUGGGGGUUACAGUCUUAAUUUUGCUGUGUGUAUGGACAUGUUCUCACCUAGGUUUCCUCUCACAACUCAUGUUUUUUUCCCGUGGCAUUUUAAGAAUAAAAUGUGUGGUUCACUUGUUAAA